AAGACUCAGCACGAGAGCAACGCAAAGCCAGCUCGGGACAAGUCAAGAGCCAUCGGGCCCAACAGAAACCACCACCAUCAAAGCAACAGCAAGAAAGGAGAAGCGGAAGGCAUGGCGGCGACGGCGAUGGCCGUGAGCGGGAGGUGGACGCGGGUGCGGACGCUGGGCCGCGGCGCGUCAGGGGCCGAGGUCUUCCUGGCCGCCGACGAGGCGUCCGGGGAGCUCUUCGCGGUGAAGGCCGCGCCGGCGUCGGCCGCGGACACGCUACAGCGGGAGCAGGGGGUCAUGGCGGGCCUCCGCUCGCCGCACGUCGUCCCCUGCAUCGGCGGCCGCGCCGGGCGGGACGGCUCGUACCAGCUCUUCCUCGAGUUCGCGCCGGGCGGGACGCUCGCCGACGCGGCGGCGAGGAGCGGCGGGCGGCUCGGGGAGCGCGACGUCCGCGCGUACGCGGCCGACGUCGCCAGGGGCCUGGCCUACGUCCACGGGGCCGGCCUCGUGCACGGGGACGUCAAGCCGCGGAACGUCGUGAUCGGCGGGGACGGCCGGGCCAAGCUCGCGGACUUCGGGUGCGCGCGGAGGGCCAGCGCCGCCGCCGCCGCCGCGCGGCCGAUCGGCGGCACGCCCGUGUUCAUGGCGCCGGAGGUGGCGCGCGGGGAGGAUCAGGGCCCGGCCGCCGACGUCUGGGCGCUCGGGUGCACCGUCAUCGAGAUGGCCACGGGCCGCGCGCCGUGGAGCGGCGUGGUCGGCGACGUGCUCGCCGCGGUGCGCCUGAUCGGGUACACGGACGCCGCGCCCGAGGUGCCCCGGUGGUUGUCCGCGGAGGCCAGGGACUUCCUGGGCAGGUGCCUGGAGCGGCGCCCGGGCGACCGGCCCACGGCGGCGCAGCUGCUCGAGCACCCGUUCCUCGCCUCCGCCGGCGGCUGCGAAGCCACCAAGGGCGAAUGGGUGUCGCCCAAGAGCACGCUGGACGCUGCAUUCUGGGAGUCCGACAGCGACGACGAGGACCACGACGUGUCGUCGCAGAGCACCGCCGAGAGGAUCGGGGCGUUGGCCUGCCCCGCUUCGGCCUUGCCGGACUGGGACUCCGACGAGGGCUGGAUCGAUGUGCUCUCCACGCCAACCGAAGCGUCCGAGGCAGCGACCGCAGCGGACGCCGUGGAGGCCACUUGCCUCGACGGCGGUGUCGGGAGCGAAGAGGAAGCGAGCGCGGAGGCCGUGCCCCACGACAUUGAUGCGGACAGCGGCGCCGGCGCCCACAAUGUAGGAGAAGCUGACUCUUCAGCUGAGCACGAGAGGCGUCAUCCGUGUGUGAAUUCAGGCUGUGAUGAUGACGAUGUCCCAUGUAAAUUACUUCGCGACACAAACAAUACAAUGAAAUUUGCUUUCGCCCAAAUCUUGCUCUGUUCAUCCCCAUUCCCACAUGCAGAAAUUCCUGUUCUUUCGAAUGCGCUCUGUUUCUCGCUUCGGAGCGCUCACAUGAACGAGUUCACACCUAAAUUCCAGAGCGCUGUAAAAUUCGCCGCUUGCUUCGCUUUGGACAGCACGUUGCGCCGCCCGCGCAGCCGUGAUUGUGACUCUGACGAGGAAAAAAAGCGCGCAGGAACCUAG